ACGGAUCGCAGAGCGUCCUCAGGGGGCUCUCCACCACCCUCACGACAUCUCAGCCCUCCCACUGAUGACUCCCAAUACUUUUAUGACAACCUGAACUACGCCACUAGUGUCCCGCAUACACACCGUCGUUCUUCACAUACCAGUGCAGUUGCCAAAGACACCCCGCAAUCGCUCAAGCCAUCAUGCACCGAUACGGAUAAGGGAAGCGGCAAGAGGACCAAAGCAAGCCGGGGCCUCCUACGGAAGGCUCCUAGACGUGAUUCCCUCUAUACCGACACGUUAGGAGCAUCACAGGACGAACAAGAGGAGCUGGAAAAGGGGGACGAUAUUGUCGGCUUUGUACCCAGGCUCGGUCAGAUCCAAGAAGGGACGGCGAGUAGGUCCCCAAGGGGUCGAAGAGGCUCCAUAGUCGGCUCAACAAUCGAGCCCAAGGCUCGCCGCCGCCGGCGCGCUGAGGGCGAUGCUCUGAACCGCCCACGAAUUCGGCACAAACACGGCUCCCUGCAGCGACGCGCUGAGAGUCUCGCUAAAUUGUCAGAUCCUUCGCGGGUCUCGGUGCUCUCUGGCUUGACGCAGCAAUCGAGUGCUUCAGGUGGAAGCAAUUCUACAGUCACACAAAAGUCGUACGACGACGAGAGCCUUGCCGCCGGGCGCGAAUCACCUCAAGAAAAGAAAGUGCGUAAGAUGGCAAGAAGCUCAAGAACUGCAACGCCCGCUGAAAUGCAUGCUGCACAGUCUGAUGUCUUUCAGUACUUGAACCAAGAGUCGGAGAGUGGGCAUUUCGCGACUGAACUAUCGCAAAGUAGGCCAUCCUCAACCAUCGCUUCCUCUUCUUCCUCGGCUUCAGGUGACACUCGACUUGAUGAGGGACUGUCUUCUAAUGGUGGGGAACUUCGGCAUGUGGCAGAAUCACUAAUGACUUCACCAGCUUCGACUCGGAGAUCCAAUCAUGAUGGCUCACUCCACCAUGGGCGUGAUUACCAAAGUGCUGGGAUCCCACUGUAUGCAAGCAGUUUCGUGCAUGGACAUGGAAACGAUGAAGACGAUGAAGACGAGGAAGACGAUGAAGACGAGGAAGACGAAGAAGACAAACAAGGUCACAUUGACGUUGCUGAUUCUGGCGACGCGACCAUCUCUGCUCUACAAAAAGUACCGCCUCCAAGGGUCCCCUCAACGUCUUCUCGACACAGUGAUCCGCACACCAGGCGUCUUAGACAACAAGAGCGAGAGCUCGCAAAUCAUGUCCUCCAGAGUCCCCAGCCGCACAAGGACUUUCAGUUUGGUGACGGGCCGCCUGCCAACGCUUAUGCUCCUAUGCCCUUGUACAGCCCCCGGGCGUACUCUGGUGCAUCCCCUGCCAGCAUUAACGCUACAACAACAACAACAUCGGGAUGGCCUCCGGUGCCUCCAUUACCAGCUCCGCUACCAAUAGGCUACCCGACUCAAUCCGCACACCUGUCUCCAGAGGCUGGGCAGGCGUUCCCACUGAGUGUACGACCACCCAUGGGUGCACCCGAAAAUGUGGUCCAACAAAUGGUUCCCCCUUUCCACCAACAUCCCACGCAGCCUCCACUGCACCAACCGUAUGCUCCAGGGCCUGACUUGUCCCGGACCACGGUAGUGGGAUACGAGCAAUUGGCUGACAAGCUAAGCGAGCCGCCGAAGGGUAAUGGCAAACGUCCACAGGCUGGAAGCAUUGUACCCAUGUAUCGCAAGUUUGAGCGUCUGAACCAUCGUGUUCUGCUCCAUCUGCAAGACGAAAUCAGUGAACUGGAAGACGAGCUUCGGUAUCUAGACGAAUGCAUUGCCCAGAUAUCGCCCAGAGAUGAAGCUGGGCACGCAUAUCCUGCCUCCCGGCGAGGUGAGGCUCGAUAUGGAAGUGAAGUGCACUACAGGAGAACGGAGCUACUAGGCCGUAUCUUCCAGAAGUUGGGACAGUACAACCAAGCGCUGUCUUCGUUUAACAACCUUUUGAAGGAGCUUGACCCCGCUAGCCCAGAAGAUGCCCACGCAUACCGAGCAUGGAUGGAAAAAUGCGAGCCAAUUGACGAUUUGGAAAGUCGGUUCCUCGAGCGCAAGCAUGACCUUGUUGCAGUCUCACGCCGGAAAUCGGUCAGUUCCGUUGGUGGUGGUGGAGGACACCAGCAUUCGGCCGCGUUAUUCCCGUUGAUGCUCGUGCUUCCUCUCAUGGCGUUCGCGAUCGUGCCAAGCUUGCUAGGACGCGUCUUUGUCAUUGUCCUAAUCGGUGGUGUGGAGUUGAAGCUGGUGGUGUCGACACCAGAGCUGAUGAGGUUGAUGAAUGUUCAGGAGUGGACUACUGCUGCCUCUGUGUAA